AUGAUGGGACGCCAACGCAGCCGUAGUGACGAUGUUGCCUCGACGUCGCCCAAGGUCAGACAGUUCAGCAGCGCGCUGCGCAAGAUCUCGACCAUGACUUCAGUUAAAGACGACAAGCCUUUGAAGUCCGGCGGCGAUGUCGAAUUUGGGUUUGGCGAGUCAUCUGAUGCGGUUUCGUCCCGCGACUCCAGCUCCGCAAUCGCCUUCAACGACUCGGAUAUCAACCUUCGGCAGCUUCAACAGCUGACGCAACGAGUGCGAUCAACUCUCGCUAGCAAGGACGCCGACGACGCAUUCAAGAAUUAUGCCAAGGCCCGAGACCAUGCAACACUUUGCCAGUCCUUGUUCGACAUCUCAAAACUUGCACCGGCAGUCAAUGGACAAGCGAAUAGGGCCGGCCCAGAAGGCAGAGGCGUGUUGCAUGAGUCCUCUCUCGACGUACCCCACAGCCCGACGACAACCGAUAGUCGAUCAUCGUUAAGUGGAAGGAGCCUCUCAGAAGUCACGACAGGGCAGAGUUGUGGUCAACGUUCCGGUCCAAGCCACGAGACGUGCCUAUCGGCAGUCCGCGACUGGAAGGAAUGCAUCGAGUCGCUGCUAGAGGCCCUCAAGCUUACUCUCUCAGAGACGUACAAGAGUUAUGAGCCCUACGCUACUCCACGUAUGGUGGAGUCCCUGUUUCAAAACAAAGAGUUCCGUGCGGCUGCGAUUCAACAAAUGAGGAAGACCAGCAUCGACAAGACUUUCUCGGCAAGCCCCGAUUUCUUCCCGCGAUACAUCAUACGGCUCAGGAACUACGAUCGCGUCAAGCAAGACCUCGUCGACAUGACUCGCAUCUUGCAGCUGGCGGAGUCCGGUGUCUCUGACAAAAGACUUGUAAAAGAGUAUCAUGUCUCACCCCGAGGCGAUACCAUUCUCGAGUUUGCGAACAUUGGAGCCGAGCCCCUACCGGUUCUCAGAUUCCGCGUCUCUUCAUUCUUGCUUGCGGAAACUUCACCCAUCUUUGAGAGAAUGUUCGCCAAGCACACCCACAUAGAAAUGCAUGACGAUGAGGAUGUGACUGAUCAGUUGGCACCCCCACCAUCACCAUAUGUAUGUGACGACGGGACCGAGGCAAAAUUGUACCGCAUGCCGCAGCUGGAGAGUGACUCGGGACAUGCUCUCACGAUUCUCCUUCACGCGGCACACAUGCACAAUGACAAGGUUCCACGGGAAGUAUCCUUCGAACAGCUCGUUGCCAUCGCCGACGUCUGCCUGAGAUAUCGGUGCACCUCGCCGCUUGAGCUGUUUGUCGAGCACAGAUGGCUGCCACAAUGGAUUCACAAAAGCAGCGAAGACAUGCCUGAAGGGAUGCUUCUGAUCAGCUACGCCUUUGGGCUUAGGCAAUUGUUCACACGCAUGUCGAAAACCAUCAUUCUCAACCUUGUCGACGAGGAAGAACUGAAGAACAAGCCGUGGCCGCAGAAGAUGAAAGAUAGAAUCUUGGCUGUGAGAGGGGCAAAGAUGGCCCAGGUACACGCUUGCUGUGUAAACACGAUACAGGAAUAUCUGUGCCCGUCGUUGGCAGCUUCCGAACAGGAUGGUGCACCAAACCUACCGAGCGGGCUCAGUCCGCCGCCGCAAGCCAGGAGCCGCUCACGCAGCCCAAGCCCUUCUCCUACCGUGGUAUCGCCUCCCAUACAGCCGCCGAUGUUCAGCAGCAGACCAAGGUGUCCCAGAGGGAGCCAUUGGUGCGAUGCGACGAAUCUCGGCUGGCUCAUGCUCAUCUAUGGAGAACUGCAACUGCUCCCUACAAUCAUGAAACCGAUGGCGAUCAAAGACCGGGCCAAUCCCCAGCAAACGCCUCGCAGGAGUCUGGCCCAGCUUGUUGACCUACUACGGACCAUCGCCAGCCCACCGCAGGCUCUGCACAGGGGUGGAGUCUGCGACCCGACGCCGCAGUUUCGCACUGCGAUCAGCGACAUAUACAACAGCGUCUCUGGCUUGACGCUGUACGACAUCAGCAAGCGUUCGCACGGUUGGGGUCUGUCUAGACACCGGUCUGGCCAGCCGCAGGCCGUUCUGCAAAAGGGACUCAAGAAUCCCGGCAAUGAGGAGCGGGGUGCGAAGGGUGAUUUGACAGACACAAUUCGUCUGAGAAUCCUGCAGAGUGCUGAUAGCGUAGACGAUUUGCAUACCAUGGCGAUGAUCAACCGAGGCUUUUAUAAGACGUUUCAAAAGAACCAGCUGUCGCUCAUGCGGGAGUUUGUGAAGGCCAAUCGACGGAUGACGUUGAUGCGGCUGACUUCGACGGGUGCCUCUGCGUUUGACGAGGACAAGGUGCCCAAGGAGCAGGCGGAUGCGCUGAAGGCGGCUGUGAGAGCCGCACGGAAGGCCGAUGUAGGACUAGACGGUCCCAGGGAGGACGAGAGGCCCGAGGGCUCAGAGACGCAAGCGGAACAAGGCACCGCCGCGACAGGUGCCCUGCUAUCGACAUGCCUUCUCAAAGGCGCUCCCGCUUCUGAUGCUCCGUCGCUGCCGGUGUUAAGCGAUGAGGAGGCGCAGCAGACACUCUGGCUGGUGAAACCUUUGCCCCCGCUAUGUGAUACAUCUUUCCAGUCCUCGGCGGCCGAGACCGUGGCAAAGGCGGUGAGGAAUAGGGAAAAGCCUCGGGUCAGCGACCCAGCCUUUGUGGAGGAAAAGAUGCUGUUGGAGGGCGAGGACAAGCAUCUAAGGGAGGAGAGAGACAGGAGGGUCGGGCUCGUGAGAGAUGGCGAACACUAA